GCCACAGAGAAUAACCAGAUGACACAAAAUCAAUCAGUAAUAAUAUGGAGGGUGAUAUCUAAUUGAACGAGCAAUACCAGAUGCUGCUCUGGCGGCUUUGUAAGGCAGCUAUUCGACCCGGCGCCGGCAUUGAAUCCCACUUUCGGUAUCAACAUCAGCUGAAAGGGAAACUGCUGAGAGAUACCAGAGACCACUAUAGCGCGAUGGAGCUAGCUGGCACAAAACUCUUUGCAUGAACGGCCGGUUUGGACAAUUCCUGAAGCUCUUGGGGGAAAGAGAAAACAACCUCGGUCCAUUGCCGUUUUCGGUUUGAUGCAAACCCUGUCGAAGGCUUAAAACGGCUUGCUUGACCGGCUGUAGCCACAACAGCCCUUUUGGUGGGGUAAGCAAGGCAGACUUCGACACAUGAUGGUCCGUACACAGGGGUUUAAUGGCGGGCAGCUGACCACGUAGCUGAUGCACAGGGCCCCUGGCCCAGUGGCCCUGGGCGUAUAGUGACACUUGUGACAAAACUAACAAUGCAAGCCAGCAAUUCGAAACGAUGGGAACGAAUGGGCAAUUGUUGGCUGUCGUAUGUUCCUCAGUUGUAAGGUGGCACGCCUACUGAGCACACCAUGUCAGCAUCAAGUCGUCGUUAGGCAGACCGGCCCCCUGCGCGGAGAUCACUUAGUCCUGAC